UCUUCUCUCUAUCAGAUGGCCCCCAAGGACACAUCUCUGCCCCUUGCCAUGGCCUCCUUGAUGCUUCAUUUCCACUGGAAUUGGGUGGGGAUAGUCAUCUCAAAAAAUGAGAAAAGUGUUCAAUUUCUCUCAGCUUGGAGAGAAGAAAUGGACAGGGACAACAUCUGUGUAGAGUUUGUACAUAUUAUCCCUACCCAUAUAAAUGUAUACAUAAACAGCUAUCACCGAUAUAACAAGCAGAUUGUGACAUCGUCAGCAAACGUUGUUAUUGUUUUUGGAGGUAUCGGCACUUCUGUAGGCAUGUUUCUUAGAAGAUGGGAGUACUUGAGCAGAAGGAUCGUCUGGGUCACCACCUCUCCGUGGGACGUUGCCAUUAGCAAGAGACAUUUUCUCCUCAGCCCAUUGCAAGGUACUCUCAUUUUUUCACACCACCAUGGUGAAGUUUCUGGUUUUAAAAAUUUUAUCCAGACAGUGAAUCCUUCAAAAUACCCAGAAGAUAUUUUCCUUGCAAGACUGUGGUGGACGCAUUUUAACUGCUCAGUGUCAGAGUCUACAUGUCGGUCCCUGGAGAACUGUUCAUCCCAUGGCUCCUUGGAAUGGCUACCCUGGCACUUUGACAUGGCCAUGAGUGAGGGGAGUUAUAAUAUAUACAAUGCUGUGCAUGCUGUGGCCCACGCCCUCCAUGAGAUGCUUCUUCAAGUAGAUAUAGAACCAAAGAAUAGCGGAAAAGGACUGGGAUUUUCUCCUUGGCAGCUGCACUUCUCCCUGAAGAACUUGCAAUUUAAAAAUCGUAUUGGAGACACUGUGGAUAUGAACCAGAAAAGAAAAUUAAAUGCAGAUUAUGACAUUCUCAACCUUUGGGAUUUUCCAGAAGGACUUGGACUUAAGGUGAAAGUAGGAAAUUUUUCCUCAUAUUUUCCACAUGGUCAGCAAUUGUCCCUGUCAGAGGAAAUGAUAGAAUGGGCCAUGGGACAUACAGAGCGUCCCAAUUCUGUAUGCAGUUCCAGUUGUAGUCCUGGAUUUAGGAAAUCCCAUCAGGAGAGAAAGGUUUUGUGUUGUUUUGAUUGCAUCCCCUGCCCAGAGAAUGAGAUUUCCAAUGAGACCAAUAUGGAUCAGUGUCUGCGGUGCGCAGAUCAUCAGUAUCCCAACAAACAGCAAGAUCUCUGCCUCCAAAAGGCUGUGACAUUUCUGGCUUAUAAAGACCCCUUGGGGAUGGCACUGGUCUGCAUGGCUGUGUGCUUCUCCAUUCUCACUGCUGCUGUCCUUGGGCUCUUUGUGAAGCACCGACACACUCCCAUCGUCAAGGCAAAUAACAAAGCUCUCAGUUACACCCUGCUCAUCUCCCUCACCUGCUGCUUCCUCUGCUCCCUGCUCUUCAUUGGCCGGCCCAGCACCGCCACCUGCAUCCUCCAGCAGACCACAUUUGGAGUCGUGUUCACUGUGGCUGUUUCCACUGUAUUAGCUAAAACUACUACUGUGAUUCUGGCCUUUAAUAUCGCUGCUCCAAGCAGCAGGAUGAGGUGGUUGCUGGCAUCACAUACACCUAACGUCAUUGUUCCUGUCUGUACUGUCAUCCAACUCACUCUCUGUGGCGUCUGGAUGGGGACAAAUCCACCCUACAUUGACACAGACGCUCACUCUGAACAUGGCCACAUCAUCAUCGUGUGCAACAAGGGCUCCCUCACUGCCUUCUACUGUGUCCUGGGGUACCUGGGCUCCCUGGCCCUGCUGAGCUUCACCGUGGCUUUCCUGGCCAGGAACCUGCCUGACACGUUCAAUGAAGCCAAGUUCCUGACAUUCAGCAUGCUGGUGUUCUGCAGCGUGUGGGUCACCUUCCUCCCCGUGUACCACAGCACCAAGGGGAAGGGCAUGGUGGCCAUGGAGGUCUUCUCCAUCUUGGCCUCCAGUGCGGGGCUGCUGGGCUGCAUAUUUUUUCCCAAGUGCUACUUUAUUUUGCUAAGGCCAGAAAUGAACAGUUUGCAUCAAUUCAGAACUACAAUUCAUUCUAAAAGCAAUAAUUCUCACUAA